AUGUAUCAGGACCUGAGAACAAUCGAUUGGUAUCAUACAAGAGGCAAUGGGUUACCCUGGUAUGUUCACUAUCUGUUGACGAUUUAUUAUGGAUUUGCAUUCAAAUAUCGGGUCCCAAAGGCUCUUCAGGUUAUUCAAUGUUUUUACUAUCAAAUGCUCGCUAUUAUUCGUAUGCUUUUUCUAUCAUUGACAAUUCUGAUCAUUUCCCGGGGAACGUGUGGUCUCUCCAAAUGUGUAAGUCACUACUUGUUGGCUAUGGCAUCAGCGGAUCUACUGGUGAUUAUACUCGACCUGGUAUUGAGGCAUAUUCCAAUUGUUCUUCGGGACCAGUUUCGUUUCCUGUGGCUCCUUCGUAUCUGUAAUAUCCAUGCCGUGCUGCUUUAUGCAGCCACUGAUUGCUCAGUCUGGUUCACCGUCACUUUCACUUUUGACCGGUUUAUAGCCAUAUCAUUCCGAACUCUGAAAUGUAGAUAUUGUACCGAAAAGACAGCAGCUGUGGUUCUUGGAACAGUCUCUGUGCUGAGCUUGUUAAAGAACCUUUUCUGGUAUUUCAUGUUCACAAGAAUGUAUCAGUUGUUGAACCAGCCCUGGUUUUGUUUUGCAACGCUAGAUGUUUACUUGUCUAUGGUUUGGGUAACAAUCGAGUUUGUACAUUACAUUCUUACUCCCUGUGUCCCAUUUGUCGUGAUCCUGCUGCUCAAUGUUUUCACCGUCAGACACAUUUUAGUGAGCAGCAGAGGCCGCAGGAGACUCUGGGCUCAGAGCAGUGGAGAGGGGCUCAGAGAUCCCGAGAUGGAGAGUCGAAGGAAAUCCAUGAUUUUACUGUUUACUAUCUCGGCAAAUUUCCUCCUGCUGUGGGCAACGAUUAUGGUAUACUCUAUAUGGAUACGGAUGCAUAAUUUGGGUUAUCAGUCCAUAUUACUGCAUCCUUAUGUACAGGAACUGGGCUUCAUGAUGCAGCUCCUGAGCUGCUCCACAAAUUCCUGUAUUUAUGCCCUGACCCUGGCGAAAUUCAGGGAGCAAUUGAAGCAUGUGCUGAAAUGUCCCUUUGCACCAAUCGUGGAAUUCAUUCAAAAAGGAGAGAAGAAAUGA